UCCACUUCCACUCCCACUCAAACACACACACACACACACCCUCCAAAGCACACGCCACAACACUUGCCUCAGGACCUGCUCGGUUCUGUGCCACUGAGUGUGGGUGUGGUGGCACUCAUCAGGACCGACACAUGCUUAGUUCGUCUACUUCCCUUUGAGUGGUGCCUGAUUCUGUGUGCAGCCGCCGGUAGGAGCGAAAAGGAGCACUCGGACCCCCAACUACCCCAGCCCAGACCCCAUCUCUAAAAGCAGCAGAUGUGAUAGAAGAGGAAAGGCGGAGAGGGAGAAACACAAUCUCCCCUACCCCUCCUUCCUCCAUCUGAGAGAACAAUACCCAGCCUCCAGUUGGAGAGGGUCAGCUUUUGUCCCUCUCCCCACGCUCCCGCUCAAGAGUGAACGGCAGAAAGACGCGCUGACACACUGACCUGCUGCUGUGAGAGGAGAAGACUGUGUUACACAGACACCGCACACUGCACCGCUUCGUUCAGUACUUGGACAGCUCCUGAGCAACAACCCGUGGGACUGUGUUUUUCCAUGAGCGAGUAGAGACUCGGUGAGGGACUCAAGCUAAUUUGGUUUGACCAAGAACUACAAAUGCAGCCCCCGUGUUCACUCCAGCUCACACCUUCCCCGUCCUUGGGACCGCAGGUCAGCACCGCCAGUUUCCAGCAGCUGGAGGAGAAGCAGCUCUUUGAGAAGUUUUGGAAGGGCACUUUCAAGGCGGUGGCCACCCCAAGACCAGAGAGCGUGAUUGUGGCCAGCAUCACUGCCCAGAGGAGGGUGACCAACACAGAAACAACCGCCUGCCAGCCACUUAAGACUGAUGAGGGGAAAGCGGUCGACACCAGGCUGGAUGCAGUCAACAGAAAUGGCUGCAUGAAAGGAAAAGGACGCAAACACCACAGUCAUCGCAGGGUCAGACGCCACUCCUACGAUGAGGACCUCUACAUUCGGCCCAAGGGGAAAAAGAAGAAGAGAAAGUCAGAACGCAAGAGGAAAAGGAAAAGGUCUCCCUCCCGCAGCCUGUCGCCACUGAGGAAGAAGAAAAAGAAGAAGAAGAAAAGCUCCAAGAAAAGCAAGCGACAUAGAUAUACCUCCAAGAAGUCAAAGCACAGCUCUUCAAGUUUAAGACAUAAGAGGAAGGAUGAGCGCAAGCACAAAAAAAGUUCGCGGACUCACUCGCGGCGGAGACGUCGCUAUCGGAGGUCAGAGUCGCACAGUUCGUCCUGCUACUCUUACACAGAGGACAGAUACUAUCUGCAGAAAUCCGUGGCACAUCAGGAUUUAGGAGGCUCUGCAGCUGUAGGAGACAAAACCAAUGGAGUGCUCAGUCACGCGGACAUGAAGAGGAGACCAGCAGCAACCAAAUCAGUGUGUAAAACGGCUCCAAAAUAUCGCUCCAUCCUCUCAACCAGCACCAUUUUGUUUUCAAAACCUGGGAGCGAGCUCUUACAUGAAAAAGGGUCUCAGCCUUUAUCAAUCCAGACAGACGGUCCACAUGAUUACGAUUCUGGGAAUGACACGUCAUCUCCGCCAUCGAGCAAAGCUGGUGUUUCUCAGGCGAGUGUCACUGACAACAAGAGAAACGUUUGUCAAGGUCUGGCCUCUCCAGAGAAGCUGAAGUUCACCGACAGAGACAAUGCCUCCGAUUCAGGCAACUCCGUGACCAGCUAUACUUCCUUAUGCAAACCUUACAAGGACCACAGCUUGUCUGGAACCCUUUUCAGUGGAAACGGCAAGAGGGAGCAGAUAAGUUUGGGGUGUCAUGUGGACGUUGUGAGGCCUCCAAAGACCUGUUCUCGGAAGACGAGCGCGUCAUCUCGACGGCGGCCGAAAACCCGGCCGUUCAGCAGCAGGAGCCGGAGCAGAUCCUCGGAGAGUUCCCGAUACUCUGCACGCUACUCUCGAAGCCUGUCACUUUCAUCCUGCAGCUCAUACUCUCCGAGUUGUUCGGCUGACUUCAGGCGGCGAGGCAGCGUGGCCAGCCUGAGCUCCAGGGGAAGCCACUCCAGACACAGUACCGACAGACUACGACACAGAAAGAGGGCAGGGAGCUAUAGAGAGACAGAUGUGAAGUAUGCACGUAAGGUUAGUGGGAAGAGACAGCGACGCAAAUCCUACUCUCCAAUGAAGAAACGGAGGAGAGACUCACCGAGCCAUCUGGAAGCACGUCGUAUCACAAGUGCCAGGAAACGACCCAUCCCUUAUUUCCGACCCAGUCCCUCCACCAGCAUGUCGUCCUGGAGCAGCCUCUUCACCCGCAGCCGGAGUCGCAGCCCGAUCCAUAGCAUUAGCCGGAGCAGGAGCAGGAGUCGGAGCCGGAGCCGGAGCCGAAGCCGUAGCACCUGUUACUCGUCCUACAGAAGCUACAGCCGCAGUUCAUCCUUUAUUUCAAUCUUUGGGACUCGGAGUCGCAGUCGGAGUUGUGGUUCAUUGAACAAGCGCAACAAAACCAGGCAUUAGGUGUCCCAGAAAACAUUAAGGGACUGAAGCGCACCUCAGUUUUCCACUUGAGAGCAAGGACAUUGGCUGUUGAAGCAAUCAGCGAUGUGUGUCUCUGUGCUUUGCUUUGAUGCUUGAUGGGAAAUGUCCCCAGCAGGGAUCCAACCACUGCAUUCAUUUAGGCAAUUGUAUUGACUCUGCCCACACAGAGACCACUGGAGACUGAACUGUCCUUUUGUAUGUCUGUUUGUUUGUUUUGGUCUUGUACUGCCUCCUCCUCUUGCAUUAGCACUCAAAAUGGCCUGAUGAUGAUCACGAGUCACAUUUCUGAUCCCAUUAAAUGAAUUAUAAACUUCAUCUUUUGAAUAUAAACUAAAGAACAUGAACUGAAUGUUCAUUAAAAUGGUACGUGACGUGGUUUAAUAGGCAUUGAAGACUUUAAAUGGCUUGCAGAAAAAGAUGUCACUGUAAAUGCAGACACUCCAGUAUUUGUGAAUAAUUAACGUACGUUCAAGUUUCAAGAACACGUGAGCCAUUUACUCCACUUUGUUGUUAGGAGGAAUAAGGGAAAUGUUUAUUUCUAAAAAUGGAACGAAAGGUUAUCUGUCAGCUUAAAUAUCAAAUUCAUGUGGAAACGAUCAAGUCAGUAAUAAACAAAUUCAUUUUUCUUGACAGCAUUUGGCAACAUAGACGUAAAUAUAACGUACGUGAUUUCUUUUCAUUCCAAACGUAAUGAAAACAAUAACUGGGCAGUAGUUAUUGGAUUGGGAUUGUGUGUAUUUACUUGAAGUAAAGGCUGCAUCGUAUAUGAGCCUUGAAACUCUGUGGAUUCUCAAUUUGCUUGAACGCUGUUUUGUCGCUGGGACGCUGCAACCAAACUACACGUGUUUGACCUUGACAGAGGAAGGUCAAGUUUUGAUGUUUUAUUUAUUACUUAUUUAAUAUUUAUUGUUUUUGUUGUCCCCUCUCAGUAGUGGUCAAUCUUUCUAUGCAACGCUGUCAGAGUAUAGUUAUGACACUGCUGUAAUUUAUUUUUCACUCGUUGUAAAUUAUUCUCUAUGGCUCGUACCAUUGUUUUUUCCCGGGUUUUUCUUGAACUAAAGUUUGACAUUUUUGGAAAUGUUUUCUUUUGCUGCCUUGCCAACAGUUAAACAUGAUGAUAAAAACCACUUUCACGUCAAACAAAUAUUAUAUAUUAUAAUAUAUAAUAUAUAUAAAGGUUUAUAAUAUAUGUCCAUCGAUGCUCCCACGAGCACAAUGACAUUUCCUACUCAAACAGUGUGGCCACUGGAAUUAGAAAAUAGCAACAGUGCCAUUAUUUUAAUUUCUAGCUUUUGCUGUGAUUGUCGUGCUCCUCUGUUGACUGUCCACCCCAGCAAAUAAGCAUUUUUGCCCAAAAUGUCUUUUGUUUUUACGUUAAUUCUAAAACUGCUUUGACUCCAGGGUUUGGAUCCGCAAAAAAGUUUGAAACUGCUUUUGCAUAUGAUUAAGAAAGUCGUAUUUCUCAAUCAUCCAAAAUCCAUCAUCGUUUCUGUGUGACUGCUCCAGGCCUGACUGCUCUCUAUGCACUCAAUACUCUCAUCUUAUUUUCUGAAUGUCAAGAAAAUAGAACAAAGGGAGGAAAUAUGAUUGUGGAGGAGGAAGGAUGUCCUCCACAAACUAUAAACUGAUGGUGACUCGUGUCAACAGGUGUUGGUGCCGGCAGAUGAUUUGUGCAGUCAUGUUGAUAAUCUGUCCAGAUGGGCACCCGGACCAAUGUCCCUACACCCCUACCACAUGUGAGUCUUUGUGUAAAACUAACUUUUAAAUAUGUAAUUACUAUGGUGUAAAUAUGCAGCUUCAUUAUAAAAAUGAUACACAAGGUGUGACGAUUUGAUUUACAGAAUGUGAUCUGGAAAAUGUUGAAUGUUUUUUAUGGAUAUGAUACGUUGACCAGUGAAGUUGAAAACUGAGACAAUGACUAUGUUCACUUGGACAGCAAUGUUCGGAUUUUAACCUCAUGAAUACAAUAGCCAGAAUAAAAAAAAAAAAUGCUGCGUAAACAGGUGUUUAAGAUUAAUUUAAUUUGAACAAGGUCAUAGUCAGUGUGUUCGUUGUGUGUUCUGAUUCAGUCAUGUUGAUAUGUAUUAACUUUUAUUCAGAUUAUAAUGCCCCGUCGGAGUUUUCAAAGCAAUUGGAUCAGGUGAAAUGUAGAAAUAAGUCAUAAUCGUAACAGGUGAACACCAUUAUGAAUGCAUGUAAACACAAUGAAUCAGACUAUUAACAACAUGCUGAAUGAGAAAAAUUGGUUGAUGUUUACGUGCUAUUUCUCCCAUAUUUCUGUUUGUACAGAUUAUGACUUACAUCCACUGUGGUAGGCAUGGUAAUGGUCCAUUUCUCCUUUAGACGCUUCAGAUUUGUUAUGUUUCUUUGCAGAGAGUGGUCAGUAAUUCAGCACUGACCUGGUCUAUCUGAACUACAAAUCCUGCAUACUGCAGCUUUAAGUCCACUACAGAGUAAACCCAGACAGGACAGUCUUAUCUGAUUAAGACGUGUGGAGUAUUUUUUUUUAUUAUUUUUAUUUUUUUAUCUUGGUUGCAUUAAGUAUCCAACAGAUUUUAACACUCUACUGGAGUUUUCACAACAGUGGAUGUCAUGUCAACGGGAAUAU